ACUUCGCUUCUUUUGGCUUCUUUUAAACUCUCUCUUCCCACUUCUAUCUUUCUUCAUACUUUCUUGUUUGAUCAUAAUGGCAACAUCAGCUCGUAGAGCAUACGGUUUCGGUAGAGCCGACGAGGCUACACACCCUGACUCCAUUAGAGCCACUUUAGCUGAGUUUCUGUCCACUUUUGUCUUCGUCUUUGCAGCUGAAGGCUCUAUUCUCUCCCUUGAUAAGUUGUAUUGGGACCAUGCGGCUCAUGCGGGGACAAACACACCAGGAGGACUGAUUUUAGUGGCCUUGGCUCAUGCGUUUGCUCUGUUUGCUGCUGUUUCAGCAGCCAUCAAUGUCUCGGGUGGACACGUAAACCCGGCAGUCACUUUUGGUGCUCUUAUUGGAGGCAGACUCUCAGCGAUCCGUGCCAUCUACUAUUGGGUCGCUCAGCUUCUUGGAGCCAUCCUCGCUUGUCUCUUGUUAAGGCUCGCAACAAACGGCAUGAGACCAGUUGGAUUCCGUGUAGCAUCAGGUGUUGGAGUGGUUAAUGGACUUGUAUUAGAGAUCAUUUUAACAUUUGGCUUAGUCUACGUCGUGUAUUCGACUUUGAUUGAUCCAAAACGUGGAAGCCUCGGGAUCAUAGCACCACUUGCAAUCGGACUCAUAGUUGGGGCAAACAUCUUAGUAGGUGGACCAUUUUCUGGUGCUUCGAUGAAUCCAGCUAGAGCCUUUGGUCCAGCAUUGGUGGGGUGGAGAUGGCAUGACCACUGGAUCUACUGGGUCGGGCCAUUCAUCGGUAGUGCUUUAGCCGCUCUUAUAUAUGAGUACAUGGUCAUACCCACCGAACCACCUACCCACCACACACAUGGGGUACACCAGCCCUUGGCUCCUGAAGAUUACUAGAUGGAACUUUCCUCAUUUCACCACUGCUUUUGUUAGUUGUUCAAGCUCACUUUGUCUGUAUGAUGAAAUCACUUGCAUAGAUACUUUGUUUUGAUGCUACUCUUUGUUUGUUGUAAUAAUAAGAAUAAAGAAGGAUUUCGCAA